AGAGAGAGAGAGAGCUCAUCAGUCUUUCUCUGUGUUCUUGUGUUAUAAAUUCAUCAGACCCUCUCUCUUUCUCGUUAGGACAGACAUCGCUACGCACAAAGUUCCCGUUCUUCAUAUCUCUCUUUCAGUCUCCUUAUUCGUUUUGGUGUUUCAUCGUCUCUGUGUUUCGCUUCUAAUCUGUGCUUGCUGCUUGCUUGUCCUCCCGUUCAGAUAUUUGAAACUCAAAGAGAUCAAAUGAAGAAAGUGGUGGUGAAAGUAGAAGUAUAUGACGCCAAAUCCAAGCAAAAGGCCAUGAGGGCAGUCUCUUCCGUUUCAGGAAUCAAUUCUAUCUCUGUGGAUAUGGAGAAGCAUCUAAUGACAGUGAUUGGAGAAGUGGAUCCUGUGGACAUCGUUGGGAAAUUGAGGAAGUUUUGGCAGCACACGGUUAUAGACUUUGUUGGGCCACCGGAAGAGCCCAAGAAAGCAGAACCGAAGAAAGAAGAACCCAAGAAGGAAGAACCGAAGAAAGAAGAACCCAAGAAAGAAGAACCCAAGAAAGAGGAAAAGAAGGAAGAUCCCAUCGCCGAGCUCAUUCAGUUAAUGAAGGAGAGACAUGAGAGUGGUCAUCCCUAUAAUAUUCCCUAUGAGACGACAUAUUACUCCCUCAAGGAUGUCUCAGAUAUGAACCCCAACACUUGUUGUGUUAUCUCUUAAUUGGAAGGAUUGAUCAUUUGAUGCUCUUCCGUACAAGAAGAAUAAAGGGUAGGGAAAGAGUAGAGUAGGGUAGGGUAGGGUAGGGUAGGGUUGGGCUGGGCAUUCCAAUGGCAUACACCAAUGAUAGGAUUAAACGUAAGAAUGUAAAAGGGUCUUUUUCUAAGGAGAAGAAGAGAAGAUGACAUAUGAUGGCACUACACCAUGUGCCACGUCUUUACCAAUAGAGUAAAUAAAAUUUUCAAAGUGAAUAAAUAAAAUUUGGAAGUAUGAAAGUAAGUGUGGACCCUUCAGUGAAGUAGUAAUUACAUGACUGUAAAUUCUUCUUUGGUAUGGAUUAUCUUUUAAUUAAAUUUUUGAACUGCCUUGACAUCA